CAGUGCCUUACUUUGAAAAAAUGUUUGCAAGUGAUUGUUUGGAAUCAAAAGAAAACAAAGUUAAACUGGAUUUUGAUGAACGCGUGUUCAAUGCUAUCUUCGAUUGGAUACGUUCUGGAUCGUUCUUUAUCCAAAUGGAAUAUGUAAUCAGUUUUUAUGAAGCAGCAGAUUACUUGAUGAUAAAUGAACGCUCAUUAGAACCAUGUCUUUCCUACUUUCACGAAAAUUUCACCAUUGAUCACCUCACAGUUGUGCUACCUCAAGUUACCAAAGUGUCUAAAAUCUUAACUUCUGGAUCUCUUAACAACAUAAUUUGUCGCUAUUUCUUGCUAAUCGCCAAUACGGAUAUUUUCUUGGAUUAUCCCGUUGAGGUAGUUGAAGCUAUUCUGAAAUUAGAUUUGAUGGUUCACUCUGAAUAUCAAAUUUUUGAAUCAAUCAUGAAAUGGGUCAAUGAAAAUGUAAAGUCUCGAAAAGAUUCACUUCCACAGUUCGUUGGCAUUGUAUGAAUCCUGAUGAUAUUCUAGGAUAAAGAAUAAUGGUUUAAUCAGAGCGAUAAUAAAUUUCGAUGAAAUUAUAUCAUGUAAUGGUGCAAUUAGAUUCAAUAGAAGUGAUCAAAGCUUUUUCAUCACUAUCCAUCAAAAAGCUGAUGCAACUUUGCAAAUAAAAGUAUUUGAUGCUGAUUUCUUCAGUUUGGCGAAUGGCGAUUUCAUUCAAGAUGAUUCUAUGUCACUUGAAUUUGUUCAUGGAGAACACAUUUCAGAUAUUCUGUCUGAUUCCGGAACAAAAGUUCGAAUUGAUUGGAUUAAAAAGACAUUUCGAUGGCUUGACUUUAAAGUUAAGGGUAAAACUUACUACAGCAACUUAAUUAAAUUCAUUGUAGAGUUUUCAGAUGAUCUCAGAGAAAUUGAUUGUUAUUUGGAAGACAAAGAUGCAAAGCUUCCUGAUUUCAUUUCCACUGAAGAGAAGCUGCUCGUUGAAUCUAAUGGUAAAUUCAUUUUGAUUGGUAAAACUGAAGGUGAAAAAGAGUGGUUCGGCCUUUUCCCGGUUAAGGAUCUUAGCUGGUUCAAUAAUUAUAAAGCUCACAAACAUUCUUUCCAUGCCACUGUUUUGGAAAAUACUAUUUAUAUAUUGACUAAAGAUCUGGAAUUUAUUCAGUUUGAUUAUGAAACUAAAUGCUUCGAAGUGAAUGAUGAAUUGAAAGAGGAAAAAUUCAACUUCAAUGAUUUAAUAUUAACGUCUCAUGAAAAAAAUGCUGAAGUAAUUUUGGCCAACAAAUCAUCUGGAAAAGUUUAUGUGAUGAAGAAAAGUGGAUAGAGAAAUUCAGAAUAAUGAAUAUCAACUUAUCUACCGACAGCACCAGCUCGUAUUAUAAUAAGUUAGUUGCUUUUACGUCCACUUUUUUACCAAUGCAAUGCAUAGAGCCUUUAUACUAUGAGAAUAGCGAAGAUUCAAUUUGAACACUGAACAUACGCAGAACAUUCGAUGCUUGGUUACAUCAUUUUUCAAAAUAGUGAAUAAAUGUUUAGUUUACAAAAAA